AUGGCAUUCAACCUCAAAACAGUUUUAUCUAUUUUCAUUUCUGUGUGUUUAGUUUCUAGUCAUUUUGCAAAUCGUUGCCUCUGUUCAAUCCCUACAUUCUUUGUUAAUGGAGGUGGUUUUACACCUGCAUUAGGAACAUGGUAUGGAGAUCCCAAUGGUGCUGGAAGUGGAGGAGCCUGUGGAUGGGCUGAUGAUGUGAGGUUACCUCCAUUCUCAUCUAUGAUUGCUGCUGGAAAUGCAAAUAUUUUUUUGCAAGGCAAAGGUUGUGGGGAAUGUUAUCAGAUCAAAUGCAGCCGGGAACCUUAUUGCUCCGGAAAUCCAAUUACAGUGACGAUAACCGAUGAAUGCCCGGGUGCAUGUAAUGACGUUCCAUUCCAUUUUGAUCUAAGCGGAGCCGCUUUUGGUGCAAUGGCGAAUCCGGGACAAGCUGACAAUCUUCGUAAUCUUGGCCAAGUUGACAUUCAAUUUCAAAGGGUGCCAUGCAACUAUGGCAGAACUAACAUUGCUUUCAAGAUCGAUGCGGGAACAAACCCUAACUGGUUUGCAACCCGAAUUGAAUUUACGGAAGGAGAUGGUGGACUUCGGUCAGUGGAGAUCGCACCUGCUGGCACACAAGAGUUUGUUCCGAUGAACAAUAUUUGGGGUGCGGUUUGGGUAGCCAACAUUGACUCGUCUUUCAAAGGUCCAUACUCGUUCAGGCUCACAUCUCCAAUAAACGCGGUCGCAGUUGCUAUAAAUGCUGUGCCUAUGGAUUAUGUACCUGGCCAAACUUAUUUCUCAAAUGUAAACUUUUAG